CCCUCUGACGUCAUCGUGAUUAUAAUGGUGAGGGGAGAAACACGGAAGUCAGGUCUGAACUUGUCAACAAAAAAAGUCCGGACUGACAGGGUGCUGUCUUUCUGAACAAAAAACCUCCAAAAUGGCACUUUUCUGACAUUGUCAUUUAAUUUUUUUCACCCAUUUUUUUAAUCAAAUAUUUUUAGAGGCAAUACCACAAUGAUGCACAUCUGCACCCUUUUUUUCGGCAUAACUGCAUAUGGCUGGUUACGUUGUGCUUUUUGUUCUGACCACUGUGGAGAUUCCACUCAUGAAUUGGACAGUAAAGUUGGAGAAAUAAUGAGUUCUACAUAUCACGCCUGGUCCUUCAGCUUCAGUGCCACAAACGAUUGCUGGAAUAUUAAGGGUUUGGAAGGAGAGCCUAUAGUCAUCAGCUUUUCCCAGUUUUCGGUUCGAUGCAGGAAGGAGUGGUUGUCCAUCCAAUCAUCUGCUGAUGGCCAGCCACUCAUUCUAUGCGGCACUCAAUUGCCGCAACCUGUGGAAUUUCCAGGGGGAAAUAUCACAUUGGUGCACCACUUCCUGCCACAGUUAUACCCUGUGUCUUCAUUUCGUUUGAAUUAUGCCAGAGAUCCAGAUUCCGGCGAAUGCCCGUUGACGUCAUUUGAAUGUCUCGGGGGCCGUUGCCUACCCCUCUCGUGGCGUUGUAACGGCCAGGUGGAGUGUCUCGGUGAAGGGGAUAGCUUCGGCACAGACGAGGAGGGCUGCGGUAUAGAGGGGAACACUGCCGGCAGCACAAAGGCCGAAGAAAACAGGGUUGAAAAGAACAGAGUUAGCGGCUCUCGGAAGCAAAACCCUGUUGAAAAAAGUCAGAACUCUGACAGGGCACAUACGUUGUUGGACCUGCUGAAUGACCGAGAGGAAGACGACGAGGUUGAUGAAGAUGUGGAGCCGUCGAUUGCACCCAGAGUGCUGGUUGUGACGCCCGCUCCUAUCGAGUGGCCUUGUGGUGGACUUCUUCAGACUUUCUAUGGGACCUUCUCUCCUCCAGCUCUUCGUGGCCCACCUUUGCUCUGCAUUUGGACUCUGGAUCCAGAUGACUCCCGGCCCCUGAGGCUCGACCUGCAGCAGCUGGUGCUGGGGGUCGGGGACAGGCUCACAGUGCACAACAGAGCGCAAGGCAAAGGGGAUGUGAUUAAAAUUAUCACAAGCGCUUCCAAUUAUAAAUCUGUCCAAGUGGAGUCACACACGGGCCGGCUGUCGCUUACCUAUCAGACGCAACCUGGCUCAGAGGGGAGCGGCUUCAAUGCCACAUUCCAUGUGGGGAGCUACUGCCCUCCGUGGGAGGGCCGUUGUGGCGGCCCGUCUGGGGGUUGCUUCACCCAGGAGCAGCGCUGCGACGGGAAGUGGGAUUGCCCCGAGACCGGUAAGGAUGAGGACGGAUGCCGGGGUUGUAGUCGCAAUCAGUUUGCCUGCGGCGUCGCGGGGCAGAGGAUGGCGGCAGCGUCCAGCCACUUCGCUGGGCGCCCGGUAUGUUACCCAGUGAGUGAGCGCUGCAACUACCAGCUGUAUUGUGCCGAUGGCAGCGACGAGAGGGACUGCACUGUUUGCCAGCCUGGAACCUUCCAUUGUGACAGUGACAGGUGUGUGUUUGAGAGUUGGCGUUGCGAUGGCCAGUUGGACUGUAAAGACGGCACAGAUGAGCUCAACUGUACGGUGGUCCUGCCGCGCAAGGUCAUCACCGCGGCAACGGUGGGCAGUCUGGUCUGUGGGCUCUUGUUGGUCAUCGCAAUGGGAUGCACCUGUAAGCUGUACUCGCUCAGGACCAGGGAGUACAGUCUGUUUGCACCAAUCAGUCGACACGAAGCGGAGCUGAUCCAGCAGCAGGCCCCUCCCUCCUACGGUCAGUUGAUUGCACAAGGCAUCAUCCCCCCAGUUGAGGACUUCCCAACGGAAAACCCUAAUGAGUCUUCGUCCUUGUCCCUGAGGGGGCUGCUCCAGCUCCUUCGCCAGGAUGCAGUCAGCUCCCCACAGCGGAGACGCAGGCCCCGAUUUAUCCGCCGUGCCGUACGCCGUAUGAGAAGGUGGGGUCUCAUCCCCAGACCGCCUUCUAGACCCGCUCAAGCCCCUAGCUCUAACCAGCAGCAGCCUGACGUUGCUCCUCUGGGUCAGGAACUAACUCGUUCCAGCCCAGCCAGCUCCUCUUCAGCCGUGGAAGCCGUCAACCAGCCCGUGCCCCAGAAAGUCAGCCUGUUGACUCAAUUGGAGCGGCAGCGUGACACGUUGUGUCAAGCGGGGUCCCUCGCGACACCACUUCCGCCCCCGCCUUCUUCUUCGCUGCCUCCGCCUCCCUAUGCCCCCCCUGCUCCACCUGCAGAGGUGCCGCUGACGCCUCCAGUGGGCAUCCCUCCCAGCAGCCCCUCUAUGGCCUCCAUCUUCCAAUCGCUAGGCUUGAGUUUGUCCUUGUUCAGGGCGUCACCCUCGUCCUCCAAUAACUACAUGCCCCUUUCCGCCUCCCCUUCUUUCUCGUCUUCUUCCGACGAUGACGUGCUGCUUAUCCCGCUGUCCGAGGAUGCCGCCUCUGAAGACGACGUACCCAUGCUCACAUGAAUCAGACUUGUGCCUUUAAAAAAAAAUUGCUUUGAAUUAUAAAAUCAAGUAUUUUGCCAUUUGAAAGAGCAACUUAUAGGACAUGUGUUUGUACGUGUUGGUGUGCACUUAAUCAACGCAAGGCUGCACAUGUCACGUAACCGUUUUUGCACAGAAGAAUCUUCCCUAUCUACAUUUUGACAUUUGUGUGAGUGCGUUCGACAGUGGAGUAUGUUUGUAAAUCCUCAUCGUACUCCUGCCACUAUAGUCAAAUUUAAAACACAGGUCUCCCUUAUUUAAGUGCCUUUUUGAGGAACUGUUUGCAGAUGGUUUAUGAGUUACACACUGCACAUUUAAAAGCCCUGCACACCGAUGAUGGCUCUAGUUAGUAGAACUUGACCGGCAAUAACUUUUUAGUGCUCAUCCCUACCCCAAAUGAAUGUAUGGAAAUGUGUCCAAAGACAAUAUGGUUGUAAGUGUGUUUUAUCUAGAAAUCCCUUAACUCCUAAAACUUGAAUCAUCAACCCUUGGGGGGAAUUAAUUGUCACAUCCUGACACUUGUGGUGUGCCAUAUGUAAUAUAGUUUUUUACUUUUGUUUUUAUUUUCACAGGUUUUCCCCAUUUUUAAGUUGUUGCUUUUGUUGAAUGUUUCAAGAGUCAAUGCAACGUAGCUCGGAAGUUUUUAACUGUGUGAUGUAAUGAGUUGAAUAAGAGAGUCAUUUUUUGGAGGGGGUGUUUGGGUAAAUUUCACUGUAUAUAAGUAAAGCGUGGCUGAGAUUAAACAAUUUGCACUUUU